AUGGCCAAUGAUGAAGCAUUAGUCAUUGUUUUAGGAAACGAAGUUACACAUGCAUCAUAUGUAACAAAAACGAAAAUCAAAAAUAUCAGUGAUGGUCCUUAUUCGAAUUUCCUAUCAAUUAUUUCUUAUAGUAAUAAUAAGUACUUAUACUCACAUUUUGCGACCAGUCCAUCUCUUGCCUUAGAAGAUAAGACAUGCAGGAACUUUAUCAAUGGCUUAUUAGACAAAGCGAAGAAGCUAAAUGAAUUAACAAACUUUCAGUUACUCUCUAUGUUUUUAUCUUACAUCUAUAAAAGAGCACAAGAAGCAACUAAGCUUGACAAGAUAAAAACAUUGUAUCUUUACUUCCCAUUUUGGACAUCAACAAAUUAUCGAAAGUAUCUCAAGUCUGCUGCUCAAUUUGCAAUCGAUGGAAUUGAAAUUAAAACAGCAACAUUUCCAUACUCAUUCAAUUUCUACUUAUAUGAUACCAAGAAUAUAAAUCCAGAAGAAAAAAUUUUAUAUGUUGAUUUCGGAGCAACCAACACAGAAUUCUUCAUUCUCAAUAGUAAAAAAAACGAUAAGGGACGCACUUUUAAAUUACACAGCUUCGCAACCCUUAAUUUCGGCGGAGAUGAUUUCACAAAUAUAAUUUCGAACUUACUCAAAGAAAAGCUCAUCAAUCCAGAUCUCAAGUUCGAUGAUCCACGCAUUAAGAGAGCUUUUUGGGAAGGCGCCAACCAUACAAAAGAAGUUUUCAUUGAUAACGCCAAAAUUCCAUUUAAUCCCGUCGCAAUUACCCACGUUAAUGUACAAACAUCCAUCGAUACCAAGGAUUUCGAAAAUGACGAGAGUUACAAACGUAUUCUUCAUUUCUUAAAAUCUACAGUUGAAAAAGUGAUGGAAUCUCAAGAUCCAAAGUAUUUCGUCUUCCUUGGUGGUGGCUGCCACUUCAACUGCUUUGCCGAUGCAGUAAGAGAAGAAAUUAAAAGAUGGAUUCCAGAAAUCGAAGAAAUUCAUCCGAAUUCUACCAUUGAUUUCAAGAAAGAAGCAUGUUCUCUAUAUGUACAACAGAUCUUAAACGGUUCUAAAUUUAAUAAAAUGAGACUUUCCAACGAAACAAGAAAGGACAAAAAAUACAUGUUCACAGAGGAAAGGACAAAUAUUUUCAAUGAUAAAACUUAUGACAAACCUGUCAAAUUUAACGAGGAAAUGACAAAUUUGUUAAGAUAUAAAACAAAUUCUCGUAAAUAUGGUGUAAUUCAAUCACUUAAGGAAGAUGUUGAAAAUGCCAAACCGAAAGAACCAGAAGUUGACUUGGACAGCUUGCAGAAUGAUGUUUCUGGAGUUAUAAUUGCUUACAACAAUUUAAUUGGUCUCCUUGAUUUAGAUGAAGAUGAAGUUGAUGAAGAUAAGUGCGAAUCUGAAGACAUAAAUGAACUUCAAGGUAUCUUGAAAGAUUUAAGAGAAAAAGCAUUAAAUCACGCAAAUGAAAAUAUCGAUGUUAUCAAAGAAUGUUUCAAAGUUCCUUCAAAGUUGAGGAAAGUUAAAAUGUUGUUUACAGAUGAUUUCAUUAAUUCACACAAAUAA